AUGACUGUGGAACGCCUGCCCCUGUCUCCAAUUGUGCGCCUGUGGCGUUCGUCGGGCCACCAGGUGUCCCUCGCUCUGACCAUAGGGGGAUUUCGGCCUUCUACCAGGCUGGGCCUCCCCAGAACGCAGGGGCUAGGAGAUGACGACCUCUGGGUGUUGGGCCACGCUCUCCAGGGUUACACUCUCAGUUCCACAGUCAGGUCCUGCGGUCCCGGGCCCCGUCAGGUGCUGUAUGUGAUCCUCGACCAGCGCCAGGACACUGGCGCCUCUUUCAGUCUUAAGAGAUCGCCACCUUUGCUGGACAAGGAGGCCUAUAGUGCCUGUGGACCCCUGCUGGACCCAGGGGGCUUUUAUUCAAUUUAUUUCUGGUUCAAAGAAAACUGGCGACUUGCGUCCGGUUUUCGGACCUUCGUAGGCCUCAAUGUGUUCCUCAAGACGCUAUAG